CAAUCACUCAUUUGCAUUCUCUCAAUUUUCUAUAUUGCUUGCAUACAUAUAUUUCUAAUUACCAAUACAUAUACAUACAUUUGUGUUAAAUGGCAAAAUCACACGAAACAGAGCAUCCUGUGAAGGCCUUUGGAUUGGCUGCCACAGACUCAUCUGGCCAUCUUUCUCCUUUUCAAUUCUCCAGAAGGGCUACUGGCGACGAAGACGUACAGUUCAAAGUGUUGUAUUGUGGGAUCUGCCACUCCGAUCUUCAUUACCUCAAGAACGAAUGGGGCAUCUCCCAGUAUCCUCUUGUUCCCGGGCAUGAGAUUGUGGGAGUAGUAACAGAGGUUGGGAAGAAGGUGGAGAAGGUGAAAGUAGGAGACAAAGUUGGUGUGGGAUGCAUGGUCGGAUCGUGUCGAUCAUGCGAGAGCUGCAAAGAUGAUCUUGAGAAUUACUGCCCCAAGAUCAUCCCCACUUACAGUGCACCUUACUCUGAUGGAACCAUCACAUAUGGUGGUUACUCUGAUAUCAUGGUUGCCGACGAGCAUUUCAUUGUUCGUAUCCCUGAAAACAUGCCACUGGAUUCCGCUGCACCUCUGCUAUGUGCAGGAAUCACCACCUACAGCCCCAUGAGAUACUUUGGAUUGGACAAACCUGGAAUGCACAUCGGAGUUGUGGGUUUGGGUGGACUCGGCCAUGUUGCCGUUAAAUUUGCCAAGGCCUUCGGUGCUAAGGUCACCGUCAUUAGCACCUCUCCUAACAAAAAGGAGGAAGCACUCUCAAACUUGGGUGCCGAUUCCUUCUUGAUUAGUAAAAAUGAUGAUGAAAUGCAGGGUGCUAUGGGAACAAUGGACGGUAUUGUGGAUACUGUAUCGGCUUAUCAUCCUUUGAUGCCACUCAUUGGCCUACUCAAGGCUCACGGCAAGCUUAUAAUGCUAGGUGCCCCGGAUAAGCCUCUUGAUCUACCCAUCUUUCCUCUCCUUGCAGGGAGAAAGAUGAUUUCUGGGAGUGGGAUUGGAGGCAUGAAAGAGACUCAAGAAAUGAUUGAUUUCGCGGCCAAGCAUAAUAUAAAGGCAGAUAUUGAACUAAUUUCAGCCGACUAUGUUAACACCGCGUUGGAGCGUUUGGCCAAAGCUGAUGUGAAGUAUCGGUUUGUGAUAGAUGUUGCCAACACCCUCAAACAAGCUUGAGCCACUAUUGGCUUUGGAUGGAAGUGUCAAUUAGUGUUGCACGUUAUUUUCGCUGAUUCGUUCAUAUUAUGACUCAUGUCGAUUGUCUUUUAAUUCUGUUCAUGUUUGUAUACACAUAUGUGCAUUUCAAUAAAAUAUCUCUCUUUCAA